GCGCCCCUCAUCCUGAGCCCGCCCCUUUGCCACCCCGCCGAGCGACUGCUUCCGGGUCUCAGACUGAAUUGGCGGGGAGCGGAGCUGGAGGAAGCGGAUCCCUGCAGGCAGAUGAGGCCUUGCUGAAGAGAUGGACAGCCAGAUUCCUUACGAUGACUACCCAGUGGUUUUCCUGCCCGCCUAUGAGAAUCCACCAGCAUGGAUUCCUCCUCAUGAGAGAGUAUACCACCCAGACUACAACAAUGAGUUGACCCAGUUUCUGCCCCGAAUUGUCACACUGAAGAAGCCCCCGGGAGCUCAGUUGGGAUUUAACAUCCGAGGAGGAAAGGCCUCUCAGCUAGGCAUCUUCAUCUCCAAGGUGAUUCCUGACUCUGAUGCACAUCGAGCAGGACUUCAGGAAGGGGACCAAGUCCUAGCUGUGAAUGAUGUGGAUUUCCAAGAUAUUGAACACAGCAAGGCUGUUGAGAUCCUGAAGACAGCCCGUGAAAUCAGCAUGCGUGUCCGCUUCUUUCCCUACAAUUAUCAUCGCCAAAAGGAGAGGACUGUGCACUAGAGAGUUGUAACCCGCAGCCAUCCGCAUGGAAUCUUUGAGAAGAAGUUGGCUAGGCCUCAGGGACUCUACUCUCUACUCUCAGCCCCACCCUGGCAGAAUGGAGUGGGGAGGAUGGGGAGAGAGUGAGGCCCUGCAUUGAGCCGGCUGGACAACUGCAUUCCCCACAUUGUACUGCACUUUAGUUCCCUAGUUUUCUGGGUGAGCUCCAUUCCCUAAAAGGAGAAGGAUGAUGAUGCCUAGGUAUAGCCUAGCCUGUGGAGAGCCCUACUUGAAAAGGCAACUGACAUUUUAAAAAUACUGUGUGCUGAGUAAUUAUCCAUAUGUCAUAUCAUUUUCAUUAGAGUAUAUAAAUCAGUAGAAAAAAGAAUCCUGGGGGGCCUGGCAUCUCAUCCCAUCCUUAUAUUACCAGUCUCAUAUACUCCGGAGACUCCAGUGGAACCCUGUUUUUUACCCCCUUUCUUCUCCUGUCCUCUCCCCCAAAAAGUAAAAUGCAAUGCUGAAGCAA